CGAACUGCUCCAAGAUCGGGUGUCAUACCCGAAUGAGUUCACAACAGAGAGAUUUGCCUUUGUUUUUAUCACACGCUGUUUUGUAUUUUCGAAAGUGUAUCGCGUUGUACCAUACCAAAACUCAUACUGUUGGACGUAUUGCUCGGUUAGUGAUAAGAUGUUUCUUUGCUGCCAUAAGCUGAUCGUGUCUGGCGAUAGUUAUCAUCAAUUCAACUCGUAAAUGUCAUCCUUGACUCAAGAGAGAGUUGCCUCUUAAAGAGGAACUCUUUAUUCAAAAUGAGCCAGUUCUUCCAGCAUUGUGCAGAGCUCUGUUGAGAUCAACUCGCAUGGCCGCUGUUAAGUUCAUCUUGGCCGUCACCAGCGGUAACCUGGAAGGCGUACAGAUCUUGUUGAACAACGACAAAAACAAUGAUCUUGUCAAUUAUUGCGCAGAAGAUGGCAACACUCCGCUCAUUUACGCGUGCGCUCAUGGUCGCGAAAGCAUUGUUCGCUUCUUGCUGAGCAAGGGCGCCAAUCUAACUUCGGAGACGUCAACAAAUGUUUACGGUUGGUCUCCAUUGAUGGUUGCCUCUUAUUACGGCCAUUUAAAAAUCGUCAACCUUUUAUUACAACAGAGCGCGGACUGUGACGUUGUUAGUCACUGCAAUCGGCUGUUCGCAAUGGCAUUGCAUUGUGCUGCUCGAUGUAACCGUAUUCAAAUUGCCGAGUUGCUCAUAUCAAAAGGGGCGCUCGUCAAUAUCCCCAGUGAUAAGAUGGACAAGAGAUGUCACAGGUCCCCUCUAAUGGCCGCUGUUCAACACGGUCAUGACCAAAUGGCAUCGCUACUCCUAUCCCAUGGUGCUGCUGUUGAUUAUGGUGAUCCUUACACGGGCUGGACACCUCUUAUGCUUGCGGCAGCCAAUGGGCACAAGACCGCUGUCAAGAUAUUGUUGGAACGCGGCGCAGAUUGUAAUUUGGUUAACAAUCUUGGGCAGACCGCCUUAGCUAUUGCAAAGAGAAUGAGACGUAAAGAUAUUGAGAAUGAACUCAGACCUUGUACGUCCAGACGAGAGCAAAAUCCAGAAAGUUUGCUGGUCAAAUCCGUGGAUAUUGUCCUGGCAGCAAAAGCAGGGGACCUACAACAGAUACAGAGUAUGUCUUUGCAAAACGACUUCGAUGUAAAUGAGUCAAGGGAAGACGGGAGGACGCCAUUAAUGUGGGCUUCGAUUGGCAAUCACUUUCGUAUCGCUCUCUUCCUUGUAAAGAACGGAGCAGAUGUAAAUCUUCAGGAUAGCCAUCAUGGCUGGACGGCAUUGAUGUAUGCCAUUCACAAUAAUAACAAAAGCAUUGUUGGUCUGCUAGUACUAAAUGGCGCGAACAUCCAACUGGAGUCACAUGACAAAAAGAUUCCUUUUGACCAAGCAACAGUCGUUGGUGAUUGUGAAGUAAUUCGUAUUUUGGGUGCUGCUUAUAACCUCAACGGGGAAAAUGAAGAGAAAGCGAAGAGAAAUGCCAGUUGGAAUUAUCUCUUAAAAACACUGCAGAAAAAUUUGUUUGAAGAUAAUAUCAACUUGUUAGUUCGAUGCAACACAACAACGAAAGAAUUGCAAUUUUUGGACUUAUGUGAAAAUGGCAAGCAAGGUUUUAAGACGUCUUUGACUAAAAAAUUCAGCAAGCUUCAGUAUAAUUUUAACCGUACAAUGCAUUUGUUGAACAAGAGGCAACCCGUGAAACCGCAGACAUUGCGACCGCCGUCUCACGAAGCGCUUCAUCCAAUCAACGGCAAUCUCACCGGUAACUCGAUUUCAUUGACACGAGGAAGCAACGCGACAACAGAGGUAUCCGAAUCAACAACUACAACCAUAGACCUGACGGAUCCACUAAAGACCACGUUUCUCCCCCUGGCGGGUCCGUCCGUGAACGAAUGGAUUGGAGACAUUGUAGCACCCAUUGUGCCCCCCUUUACCCCUUCGACGACACGUGAUUUCAAUACGAAACAAAGAGAGCUCAUGGAUGCGUUACUCUCAACCUCGCCACAGGACGACCUCGAUGAAUAUCCCUACGGGUCAAAACAUAAAAAGGAUAAAAUACACCCGGGGACGAAUGGUCGCGUUCACAGUCGAACUCCAAAGCCUCCUGAUCUUCCGAAUCCCAAAAUGUGGCUAACUAAUGGCACAAACCUUGCACAUUCUCGUUUCAAGAUUGACGCCUUGUCUUACACUCCCCGAAUAUCACCGUCCCACGGCAAUGCUUCCACUUCUCAAAAACCUUUUUCAUUAUCUCCUACACCUCCAUGCAAACCUCCUUCAAAACGAAAGGCAAACUCGCUUCCGAGAAUUGGCCGAACCUCCGUUAUUUCUACUUCCCAAGGUUCAUUUUCGAAAACGAUGUUCGAUUCUGGUUAUCCAGAAAUGAUGAAGGACUUAUUGGAAAGGCUUUCACUGCAACAGUACACGGCCAUACUGGAAGAGCAACAGGUUGAUGUUAAGACGUUCUUGACGCUAAACGUGUCGGAUCUUAACGAAAUUGGAAUAAAAAAACAAGAGGAACAAGAACAGAUUUUAGCUGCAGUGCAGUUACUAAAAGGCCAACUAAUGGAAGGCGGAUCGAAUGCGUUAAAAACAGAAGCUUCAGUAUCGUGAAACCGUGGAUGGCAUUUUUCAACGAAUGGUUCUCCCAGGUUUGAAAAACACAGAUUAUGUCUUUGCGGACGAGUCGAGGUGAAAUGCAAGCUUAGCGUUUUCGAUAUUUCUCUGUUUGCGACACAGUAUUACUUACAUUUUCUUAGAGGCUGUCUCGAAUUUUUCUAAUUUAUGCUUAGCCGUCUCCAUAUUUCGCCAUUUGCAAAACAAAAUUCCUUUUACAUUCCACAAUAAAGAUAACGAUGAAAAUCAUCAUAAUGACAAAUAGUCUGAGUAAGGUCAUAAUUAUCCAUCAAUUGAAAUUGUGGCGUGAAGUACAACCUUACCAGACCUUGUUUUGAGAUUAUAUUUGCAACAAAAUAUGACUUAUGAAGACAUAGAAAAAUGCACAAUAUUUUGAAUAAUUUAUUUUCAUUGUAAAUAAUAAAACACUCAUAUAUCAUUCGAUAAAUCUAAAUCAACAAACGUUUGGAAAACGUUUUCAAUUAGAAAAUCGUUGGGAGCGUAAACCUGGUAGUUGACAGGUUGCUGAUUAAAGGGCGUUUAGCCAGGAAGUUCUGUGUUAUCUUUAUAGAAAAUACUUGUCCCACUCAGCUUUAUUUUAAGAAAAAUAUGUACUUAGACAUAUGAAGGAAAAUAUGUACUUUGAUCUUUACUUAGACUCGUAGAUUUACAGUGCCAUGCAAGUUCAGAUGCUUAUAAUAAAUUCAAUAACAGAUCUGAA